AUGGCUUUCCGGCUUCAAGCAGCCCAGAGACUGUUGUACAGUGACGGUUCUAGCUGGGUUGACACAGCCUACGCACUGAUGAGGAGAGCAGGCUGUUUGGGCUUAGACAAGCACCUUUUCCUCUUAAAGCUGGGGGGGGGUGAGUUGAAUGGCCUGACUCCAUUCUAUGAGUCUGUUAUGCAGGCUUGGAGGGUUCUGGUCAAGUCCCGUAAGGCCGGCACGCUACCAGGGAUGUGGCUUUUUGAAGAGCCUCUUUUUUAUAACACCAGUGCUCUGGGUUCAGCCAGCCUGCGUUCAUGCCUGUUAGGUGUCGGGUGCACCAAGCUGGGUCAUCUGAUGCAGAGCAGGAGCAGAUCGUUGGAGGAGCUGGGAGAAAGAGCGGGGAUCCGAUCAUCUCGCCUACUGAGGAAGGUCGUCGCUGAGGUCUGUGACUCCUUGCCAGUUCUUCAUCGUCAGUAUGUGACUAACAUUUCCAAUUCUGAUUGGUGGAAGGAGGGUCUGGAUUAUGUAUUCCCUGCACUGAUUGUUAGUGCUGCGGUGGGGGCAUUUGAGGAGGACGUGGGGAUGCUGCUUUCCUUCGAUACCCCGGAGCUGGGGGAGUUCAAGGAGGUGGGAAAGAAGGCCAUGUACAGAAUAUGUGUAAAGGUGUCCCAUGCCUCUUCCCUGGAAGGGGUAAAAUCGACGAGCUCCACAGUGUCUCUGGCUAGCAGUACCCUGGGUCUAGCAGGUCAGGUUGUUCACACUGAGACAACUGAGGUGAUUCUGGUCAGUGACUCUAUCAUGGGGUUUGGCAUCCAGCUACAGGGGGGGGUGUUUGCCACAGAGACCCUGUCCUCACCCCCGCUCAUCGGCUAUUUGGACCCAGACAGUCCUGCAGAGAGGUGCGGGAUUUUGCAGAUAGGUGACCGUAUCCUGUCUAUAAACGGGAUCCCUACAGAGGACAGCACCUUGGAAGAGACCAAUCAGCUACUGAGAGACUCCAGCAUCACCAGCAAGGUCUCGCUGGAGAUAGAGUUUGACGUGGCAGAGUCAGUCAUCCCUAGCAGUGGCACCUUCCAUGUGAAGCUACCAAAGAAGCCUGGGGUGGAGCUGGGGAUCACCAUCAGCUCUCCGUCCAGUAGGAAACCUGGGGACGCUCUCAUCAUCUCCGACAUCAAGAAGGGCAGCGUGGCUCACAGGACUGGGACUCUGGAGCUGGGGGACAAGCUGCUGGCCAUCGAUAACAUCCGCCUGGACAACUGUUCCAUGGAAGACGCUGUUCAGAUUCUCCAGCAGUGUGAAGAACUGGUCAAGCUCAAGAUCCGCAAGGACGAGGACAAUUCAGACGAACAGGAGCUGUCUGGAUCCAUCAUCUACACGGUGGAGCUGAAGAGAUAUGGAGGCCCGCUGGGGAUCACCAUCUCAGGCACAGAGGAGCCCUUUGACCCCAUCGUCAUCUCCAGCCUCACCAAGGGAGGACUGGCCGAGAGGACGGGAGCGAUCCACAUCGGGGACAGGAUCCUGGCCAUCAACUGUAACAGUCUGAAGGGGAAACCACUGAGUGAAGCCAUCCACCUGCUGCAGAUGGCUGGAGAGUCUGUCACACUGAAGAUCAAGAAACAGGGAGAAUUGGCCAGUCCCAAGCAGCAGUCGGUGUCUGGUCAUCUCAGUGAUGUGAUGCUGAGUGAUGUGGAGGACGAGGCAGGGUUAGGCGGGCUGGGAGGUCAGGCAGAGAGCCAGAAACUUGGGAAGCUCUCUGACCUCUACUCCACCACCAUCCCCUCUGUGGACUCAGCCGUGGAGUCCUGGGACGGCUCGGCCAUAGACACCACCUUCAACACCCAGGCCCCAGGUUUCCAGGCGUCUGGCUACAGCUUCCACAGCCAUGAGUGGAGGAACGCCAAGCCCAGCCAAGGCAGCCUGUCCCCUGUCAGCACCCGCCAGAGACACAACAUCCUGGCAGACCUGGGCCUCAGCGAUGACGAAUGGGACAGACCCACCGUCAGCGGAGCUUCUACUCUGCCCACCGGCCUAAUCACUGACAGCAGGUUCACUGUGGGUCAUGACGGGACCGAGCCGGACCAGGAAGAGAACUUCUGGUCUCAGGCCCUGGAAGAUCUAGAGACCUGCGGCCAGUCUGGCAUCCUGAGGGAACUGGAGGACGAGCCAGACAGGCUUCUGAAUAAGAGAAACUUGGCCACCAUUAUGUCCGGCAGCAGUCUGAGUCUGAACCAUGACCCUGCUCCUCUGAGGAGCCACCUGGGUCGGCAGGCCAGCUUCCAGGAGCGCAGCGCAGCCCGGCCGCAGUACACCCAGUCCUCGCGCUCCAACACCCUGCCCAGCGACGGGGGGCGCAAGGCCUUCGCCAUGAGGAAGAUGAAACAGGAGAUGAAUGACGUCAUGUCGCCCACCCCCGUGGAACUGCACAAGGUGAGUCUGUUGAAGGAGUCGGACCUUGAAGACUUUGGCUUCAGUGUGUCGGAUGGCCUCCUGGAGAAAGGUGUCUAUGUCAACAACAUCCGCCCAGGGGGACCCGCAGAGGUCGUGGGGCUGAAGUCCUACGACAGGCUGCUACAGAUCAACCACGUGAGGACCAGAGACUUCGACUGCUGUCUGGUGGUCCCUCUGAUUGCCGAGUCAGGCAACACACUGGACCUGGUGAUCAGCAGGAACCCUGCUUCCUCCAGAACCGGGCCCCAGUCAGGACUGAACCAGCUACCCACCGAGGAGUCUGUCAUCAACUGGACCGAGCCGGGGGACAGCCUCUCUGGCCCUCCACCGAACCAGAACCACCAUUCCUUAUCCAGGAUGGCUGCUGGAAUCGGGGUGACUGGGAUCGGUGUGGCGCUGGCCGGGGCUGGGCUGGAUGAUAGAGACCCCACUAAGACCUUAUAGCAGACUGGAGGUCUGAAGGCCCAAGGCUCUCUGUCUGUCCCACAAAGACCUUAUAGCAGACUGGAGUUCUGAAGGCCCAAGGCUCUCUGUCUAUCUGUCCCACUAAGACCUUAUAGCAGACUGGAGGUCUGAAGGCCCAAGGCUCUCUGUCUAUCUGUCUGUCCCACUAAGACCUUAUAUCAGAGUGGUGGUCUGAAGGCCCAAUGCUCUCCCUCUCCUUCCCCUGUGAGUUGUCCUCCCCCUGGUGCUACUGUAGAAAACCACUCUGAUGAGACAGGGGUCAAUAUAAAAUGGAGCCUUAUUGCAUGUGUAGGGCACUACUUCUGUCCAGAACCUGUGUGCAGGCUAACCCCUCACAGCUCUGGCUAAAAGUAGUGCACUACCUAGGGAAUAGGGUGCUAUUUAGGACGCAGUCAGACAGACAGUGUUCCUAGGUGGACGGUGGGGUCCGGGGCUGCUAAGUCAAAGCACACUGACAAAACUAAAAACUCCUUCCUCUGAGCCAGAGCAUGAGCCACAAUCACAAGAGGUUUCCUCCUCUUCCUCCCUCACACUGGGGACUAUUGAGUACGGUACGCACCUCUACCCCAGGACUACAAAGAACUACAAAGAUGGAGGCAACAUCGACCACACUGACCUCUUGGAAAAUACCAGAGACAAAAAUAAUAACAGUGAUGAACUGAAACAAUAGUGCCAUCCGACCGAUCCUCUCCUUUUGAUUACCGCAGCUGGACAAUAAAACAGGAACUCACUUCUGUUGUUUAAAACAAAAAAGACAAAAGAAAACACAAUAAGAUUUGCUGAACCGUUUACAUGUGAUGCUGGACUGGUCACUCUGUGUGUGUGUGUGUGUGUGCUCCACCGCUGUGUCGCGUCGUGACGGAGACAAGGCCAGUGAUACAAACCCUCUAUCUAGUUAUUCUAGGGAGUCUCUCCCUCUCUCUCUUUGUCUCUAUCGCUCUGUCCUCCUUCAUCUGUCAUAGCUGGGUCUCACUAGCUCUCUGUUCCUCCCCCAGUGGUUUUUAAGGGUUUUUACAGAGAUAAUAUUAGUACUGCAUCUGACUUCUUCCCAAUGAUUUUUAAGUAUUAACUAUUUGACUUAAAAAAAAAAAAAAACAUCUGGAAAAUAGCACCAUUUUUUAAACGUUAGCCCCAUUUAUUUUCUGAAGCCUGUACUGUCAUCCUGCCUCUCGGAGACUGAGGAGGAGGAUGUUGAAAUGAAACCAGGACAGUCAGGCGUCCCCUUAGGCUUCAUCACAAUGCGUUUGGCAGCCGAGACAAGACGUAAUGUGACGUCUCCUCUCCAUGCAUGUCACCAAGCUCACUGGUUGACCUAGAAGCAUAAUAUAUGAAACCCUUUAGAAGAGGAUUUAAAAAGCUUUGCUUCGGGGAGAAUAAAGAAGCAGGUUUAUCUAGGCUACACGCAAUUAGAAAGAAACAAAAACAAAUGGUACCAACCAUACAAUCUGCAAUUCCCAAACAAAAUGGCGACUUCUCUGAAUCCUAGAAUACAGGAAGCACCUUAUCCUUCAUUUGGACAUAAAUCUAUUUUCAUAAAUAGAUGCAGAAGAGAUGUUUUUUUUUACCGUACGGGGAGGUAAUAUAUGCAAGGUGCUUCCUUACAGCUGCACUAGUAAAGGAGGAAGAACUGACUCCAUGGUCCUGAGUCUGACUUGCUUGCAUACAGUAUGUGUGAAAUAGGUACGCUAACACUGUGCUGUUACAGGAACCAGAAAUAGAGUAAAAAAAUAAUAAUUGUGAUAUCCAAUUUGUAACUACUAUCUUGUCCCAUCGCUGCAACUUCCAUACAAGGAGACGUGAAGGUCGAGAGCCAUGCAUCCUCCAAAACACGACCCUGGCAAGCCGCACUGCUUCUUGACACACUGCUCGCUUAACCCCGAAGCCAGCCGCACCAAUGUGUGGGAGGAAACACUGUACAACUGGCGACCGAAGUCAGCUUGCAGGCGCUCAACCCGCCACAAGGAGUCGCUAGAGCGCAAUGGGACAAGGAAAUCCCGCCCGGGCCAAACCCUCCCCUAACCCAGACAACGCUGGGCCAAUUGUGCACCGCCUCAUGGGUCUCCCGGUCACGGCCGCCUGUAACACAUCCUCGGAUGGAACCCGGGGCUGUAGUGACGCCUCGAGCCCUGCGAUGCAGUACCUUAGACCGCUGAGCCAUGCGGGAGGCCCCAGAGAGAAAGUCCUACUACUUCAGAACAUUGGACAGCACAUUGCAGGUAGUUUCAUCGGUCCCUGAAACUAACUACUACUUAGGAAGCUGCACCUAUAAAACUGGGUUUAGAAAAACAACUUCCAUAUUAUAGCAGUCAUUUAUCCUUUUAAAAACGACGUUCAACCAACCAGAUAUCAACCUUAAUAUCCCACCCUGAAUAGUAACGUUACUGAUUUAAUUUAUACCAUCCAAUCAAAAUAACCCAUUGAUUUAAGGGGAGGGAAAAAAAGCAUGAGGUAAAAAUCUAAAACAACCCAAGUAAUUCAAAACAGGUUUUCUAUUUUGUAUCCCACCACCCUGUACCCUAUUUGAGUAAAUAUCAACUCAUAUGCUAAUCUGUGUGAUACUGGCGUUGUUUAAAGUAUGUUUUUGUACGGUUCGUUUGUUUUUCCGAGGUUUGCCCCCCCCCAAAAAAAGGCUUCAAAUAAUAACAAAGAAUUUGUAAUAUAGAAAAGGACACUUGUUUGAUGAUGAGGAGAGAUGCGAGGUGUAUGUUGAAGGGUCCAGUGUAAUGUCUUACCCUAUAAAUGGGAAGGUAACAAGGUAAGGCAACAAGAUGGAAUUCCAGUAGAUUUUCCACUUCAUAACAUUUUUUUACUAUUACAACAGAGAAAAAUAAUAACAGAGAUCUGUUCAGAAGCAGGCUGACCUGUGACUAAAACAGACGUUCCCAACUGUGUAUUUCAUAUAAACUAGUGGCUUUUUUUUGUUGACGAGUGAUGUCACCUUUGUCUUCAGUGCUCACGCAACACCUGUCUCUUGCUUAUAGAACUAGAUCAGACUUGACAUGUGGAUUGACUUGAAAAAUGGGGAAAUACCAUUCUAGGAUUUCUAUUUCUAUGGUCUCACGUACAACAGCAUUAUCCGUCCUACUAUACAACCAACCGCUCGAUCUCUAAUUUAGACAACGCUCUCCAUCUCUCUCACUUACGCCAUAGAGACUGUUUGAAAAGCCGUAGCGUCUCUAAUGUUCACUUUCAAGUACUGUAUUUAUACAUUGACAACUCCAAUACACAGGAUGCUAAACUACUGAAAUGGCUGCCAUCAAAUACACUGUAUACUGAAUUGGCUGACAUCAAAUACACUGUAUACUGAAUUGGCUGACAUCAAAUACACUGUAUACUGAAAUGGCUGACAUCAAAUACACUGUAUACUGAAAUGGCUGACAUCAAAUACACUGUAUACUGAAAUGGCUGACAUCAAAUACACUGUAUACUGAAUUGGCUGACAUCAAAUACACUGUAUACUGAAAUGGCUGACAUCAAAUACACUGUAUACUGAAUUGGCUGACAUCAAAUACACUGUAUACUGAAUUGGCUGACAUCAAAUACACUGUAUACUGAAUUGGCUGACAUCAAAUGCACUGUAUACUGAAUUGGCUGACAUCAAAUACACUGUAUACUGAAUUGGCUGACAUCAAAUACACUGUAUACUGAAAUGGCUGCCAUCAAAUACACUGUAUACUGAAAUGGCUGACAUCAAAUACACUGUAUACUGAAUUGGCUGACAUCAAAUACACUGUAUACUGAAUUGGCUGACAUCAAAUACACUGUAUACUGAAUUGGCUGACAUCAAAUACACUGUAUACUGAAUUGGCUGACAUCAAAUACACUGUAUACUGAAUUGGCUGACAUCAAAUACACUGUAUACUGAAUUGGCUGACAAAUACACUGGAAACUCAGCUACUGAAAACGACCGACGUCUCAGCUACUGAAAACGACCGACGUCUCAGCUACUGAAAACGACCGACGUCUCAGCUACUGAAAUGACCGACGUCUCAGCUACUGAAAACGACCGACGUCUCAGCUACUGAAAUGACCGACGUCUCAGCUACUGAAAUGACUGACGUCUCAGCUACUGAAAUGACUGACGUCUCAGCUACUGAAAUGACUACACUCAGUUCAACCGUAGUGGCCCAACGGUAAUAUUUGACUACUUCAGUCACUGCUACUAUCGUUGUGUUUUAGAGUUCAGUUGAAUCUCAAGCCAUCGCUGUGUCAUAAACAACAGUGGUUUAUUUCACCACAGAUACAGUUCAUUGCAGACAUUUACACCAUAAGUUUCUUUACAAUUCACCUCAACGUUACAGAGAACAAGCUUUUGGACUUAUGCAGACGAAACCGUGAGUUUAAAAAAAUAAGCUCAGGUGGAGUGGUCAUUUUUCUGUUCUUAAUACUGGAGUAUACACUGCCAAUUACCAUAGUGGGGUCAACCAUUUUCAAUGUAUGAUACAUUUAAAAAGAAUCAAACUCACUGUUUUAAGUCCCUGAAAAUUUUUAUUUUUAUUUCUAAUGGACCGGUAUUAUGACCUGUAAAGUAUUUUUGUACAAAUUUAAUACUUUGGUAGCAUGAUAUUUAUCGUCUAUGUAUAACUUUGGGAAUUCCUCCAGCUGUAAACCUUUGUAUGGCCGAGAAAAGAGAAACAAUAAAAAAAGAUUUACAGAGUGGGGAAAAAACAA